AUUCUAUGAUAUUUUCCUAUUUCUGGAUGUGAUGUACACAAAAUUCAUAAUAAUGUCUUUAUGAUCUCCUAACUUUUUAAAAUUUUUCUGUACCUUCCGGAACUUUUGCAAGUUAAUUGCUGCAUCUAAAAUUCGUUUUCCGUGAAUUAAUUGUCUCGUUCAGUUUUUGUGUUGUUUCUGUCAAUCAUAAUCUUCUGCCUUAUCAGUGCUGCUGUUUGAAAAAUAUUUUGUCAUUCCUUUAGCACUUCCCCAUUCGGUUUCAAAUUUUCGUGGAAUUUUAUCUAUCUGUUGGUUACUUGUCGUGAGAGUCUACUCUAAAAAUUCCCAAUUGAUUUCAUCGCAGAGCAUUAUUUUCAAUUUUUAAGCAGUUACGUAACGCCCAAUCCAGCCAAAAUAAAACAUUGAUCAUGGGUGACUUUUUGUUGCGUUUGAAAACCAAGGAAGGCCCCAUUGUUGUGAAGGAUCUAACACCAAAGCAUAACAUGUACGACUUGAAACAGAAGGUCUGCGACCUGACCAAAAUUGAUGAGAUGAAAGUCAAUAUUCUCAGUGGCUACCCACCUAAAUCAUUAGAUCUAUCAAAUUUUGCCCGCACGAUUGAGGCAGUUGGCUUGAGGUCUGGAGACACUCUCAUCGUUGAGGAAAAGUCAUCCCCUUCUCAACAAUUUGUUAACAAGAAUGAAGAGCGCCUACAGCACAUAACUGCGGAGCAAUUCAAUUCUCAUGGAAUUCUAAUGCGCCGAACUGUACCAUCUGACAAUUCCUGCUUAUUUACCAGCAUUGGGUUUGUUCUAGGAGGCAAAGUUGACACCACUUGUGGCUCUGACAUGCGUCAAAUCAUUGCUUCCGAAGUCUCGUCAAAUGAAGGUGAAUACUCUGAGGCUAUCCUAGGGAAACCCAACAAAGAUUAUUGCAAAUGGAUCCUCAGGUCUGAUUCUUGGGGUGGUGCCAUUGAGCUAUGCGUAUUAUCGAGAUUCUAUGGCAUUGAAAUUGCUGUUGUUGAUACGAUCAAUGGAAUCAUUCAACGCUUUGGUGAAGACAAAGAUUAUGGUCAGCGCGUUUUUCUGAUCUUCGAUGGAAUUCAUUAUGAUCCUCUAUACUUGGAACAAAUGACGCCUGAUGGAAGAAUUCAAACAAUAUUCCCCUCAGAUGAUGACCGUAUUUUUGCAGAGGCUCAGCAAUUGGCAUCAGAGGCUAAAGCAAGUCGUCAGUAUACAGAUGUUCAGAAUUUUACCUUGAAGUGUUUAGUUUGUCAAAUUAUGCUAACGGGUCAAGCUCAGGCUCAGCAACACGCCCGAGAAAGCGGACACAAAGAUUUUGGUGAAAUCGCCAGUUAAUGAGAACUCACAGCUCAAUUGUUAUUAAAUGCUAGUUGGACUAUGUUUUGCAACAAAGAACUAUCAUUCCUGAUUCAUCUAUGAAAGCAUGUAUUUGCAUGAGGAGACUAAGGAAACAUAUGUCGUAUCUUAAUUGAGUCGGAAACAGUAGUUUUUAAUUGCAAAAUGAAGUUCAGUUGAUAGUUCAAUUUCCGUGACACCAACCUAACUUUAAAUCAAAGUACAAACCAGGAAGUUUAAAAAUUCCGGAUGUGUUUCUUUUUAUCUUCCUUCCUAUUAUUACUUUUGCCCUCUUCUCAAUGCAUUAGAAGAAUUAUACCAAAGUUUCUGGAUCAUACAGCUUUAGAAAGUGAUUCCUAAUUUUGAUAAACAAAUUAUAUUUAUUUAAAAAAAAAAAAAAUGCAAUUAUUGGAAACAGAUACUUAAUGAUUUGAUGUAUAUUGAUGGACAAAGUGCUAAAACUAUGUAUCUCCCUUUUGAACGAUACAAAUUUAUUGUCACACUUUAUUUUUUCUUUGGAAUACUAGUCAACGUAACUUGUUGAAAACUUCCUUGAUUUCUUCAGUAGAAUAUUCUGUAAAAAUUUCAAGCUGUAAAGUUAGCCUGUGUCUCCUCAAAGAAACAAAUUAGGAGCAGAAAUCUCAAAAUAUUCCAAUAGAGGCACAAGUUUUGCUUUUUGCUCUUCAAUAUACAUUCACCUUUGUUGUAAGUAAUUUAGUGUCAAAAAUUUCUAUUAAUGCUGCCGUACAGUAUAACCACCAGCGUUAAAAAACUCUAGAGUGUAAUUUUUUUGCAUGAUUUAUUCAAAUAAACCCUUGAAAAUUUUAUUUCAGGGCUCUAGACUCUUGUUUAAAAUUAAAAUCUUCAUACGUUAUCAUAACUCGUAAUUGGAUUCGAAAUAUUUCCUCAGUCUCUUACAUUCAGUUUUUCCACAAAUUUACAUUUGUUUUCUCCAAAAAAAUGAAUUUUCGCAAUCAGUAUCGUAACCUUACCCAUAUUUCUGUGAAAUUUGUAUUUUUAUGAGUUAGUACUAGAUUUUAUGCUACUACCAAUAGGCCAAUUAAGUCUUCUACAUGAUCCUUCCUUUAACGUCUUGCCUGUGUGAUUUGCCUUAAUUUUAUCUCUAGCUGUAAGUAUGUGCUACUCACAGGUUUCUUCCCGUUUUCUCUUCUCCAAUUUUUACCUUGUAAAAGAGAGCCUGUUUGUGCAGUGCUUCUGUGAUUUAAGGUAAAAUGAAUAUCUUUCGACUUAAAUGCUCAGUUUGAAGCUUAAGUGGUUAUCCGAUGUUUGGAUAUUGUUAGUUUACCUCUUUUUUUCCUCUUUUUUGGGCAAAUUCAUCAUUAGGUAGGCAUAUUUUGGUUCAUCUGGCAGUCAACUAUUUUUGUCUGUAAGCUUACUUUUAUUUUGUCGGGGGUUUUCCUUCUCGUAUUCUAAGGCAUUGCCUAAUUUUUUGUGAUACCUGUCUUAAAUCUUUUGGUUUUAAAAUUGGUAAGUUACUUCAAGUUAGAUAAAUUUGUAAAUUCUUGAGCAGUAUUGUAAAGAGAUUGUAGUUUCCACUUGGCAUAAGUUUAAUGCCGUUGCUAUAUAGAUAUUCAUAAAAAAAGAGCUAGUCCAACUAAGGAAAAAAAGACUUUUUUUCAAUAUGCAUCCUCUUUGAUAAAAUCACUAAAAAUGAUUGUACAACCGAGCGAUGCUACAUACCAAGAAAAGCUUACUAAAUGGAUACUAUCUAGGAUUUCGCAAGAUCAAAUUAAUAAUUCAUUCUAACCGUUCAAUGAAUCGUACCCUCAGAGAUUACUGCAAUAUAGUUUUUUCUCAACCACUCGCGGAUGUAGCGGCUCUUUUCCUUCUCUCUCUUGUUCUUGUUUGCUUUUACCGCUAAAAUUUGGGAAAAUAUUAGAUUAUUCCUAGCAGAAAAAUUUCUUUUAACUCUGUGAAAAAAAAGAAAUGGGUUGACAAAGUGAGAUUUGAACGGAUUUAAUCGAAAUCAGUUUGAAUCCCUUCAGCUUUCGCCUAAUUUUCUCUGAUAUCUCUUUUUUAAACAGGAAAUUAAACAACACUGAAACACGAAAUUUUUUGAGUAAAAACAUCUUAAUCCAGGGAGAAUUUGUGGAGAGUCUAAAGGUGUUAGGUAGUUUACCUCUCUGUUCAAAUAAAUAAAAUAUGAGAAAAAAUUAGGCAGCAUAAAAUCCACUCAUAAUGAUUCUGGUUAAAUCUUGUUGCUUCUCUGACCUAUGGGUCCAUCUCGAUUCCUGCAUGAGCCCCAGAAAGCAUUCGUAUGUAAAACAGGGCUUGCGUGGUCAUCAAGAUACACCAUUACGUCAGAGAAGCGACGAUCUGUCCAUAUAAUCCUAAAAAAAUUGUGGUGUAAGAAAAGGUAUAAGCACAGAUAUCAAGAGAAGUUUUCAAAAAAAAAAAAAAAAAAAUUCUCAGUAUUUUUUCAUAAAUAUAUUUUAUUAUUAAAAAGUUAAAAAUCAAAGGCUCUAGACGGAGAGCAUCGCUUUGAAAGGCAUCAUUCUGAGUUUCGUAAAUGUAAUGAAGUAAAUUAAUAGAAAUAAUUAUUUUAAUUUUUUAAAAUUAGUUUUAAUGCGUUUUUGUUGGAAUUCUGUCGAAGAAGGGCUGGUACUUAUUGUUAAAAAGUGUAGUAGUUAUGCUCGACUAAGAGUCUUUAGAUCUCAGCAUUGGACCCUUAUUUGAGUAGCCUCUUACUGCCAGGAGUUCGCAGAUCAUAAACUUUUACAAGCCCCAACUAUAGUCUGUAAAGUUUUUAAUUUUGUGCAUUAAAUACUUUGAUAACUCGA